AUGAUUUGUGAGAAUCAGACCAGAGUCACUGAGUUUUUACUUCUGGGAUUCACCAACAACCCUGAAAUGCAAGUUUGCCUCUUUAUUCUGUUUCUGAUCAUCUAUACAGUCACCUUGGUGGGCAACUUCCUCAUUAUCACAGUGACUAGUGUGGACCCUUCUCUUCAAACCCCCAUGUACUUUUUCCUCCGUAACCUAUCACUCUUAGAAGUCUGCUUCACUUUGGUUAUGGUGCCCAAGAUGCUGGUGGACUUGAUAUCUACAAAGAAAAGCAUCUCUUUCAUAGGCUGUGGUAUACAGAUGUAUUUCUUCUUCUUCUUUGGCAGCUCUGAGUGCUUUCUCCUCUCCAUGAUGGCAUAUGACCGCUACGUGGCCAUCUGUAACCCUCUCCGGUACACCCUCAUCAUGAACCAAAGCCUGUGCAACUUAAUGGCAAUAAGCUCUUGGCUGUCUGGUGUCCCUGUCUCUAUGCUACAAACAGCUUGGAUGAUGGCCCUUCCUUUCUGUGGACAAAAUGCUGUGGACCAUUUCUUUUGCGAUGGGCCACCUGUUUUGAAGCUAGUCUCUCAAGACACAACUAUGUAUGAGAUGCAGGCACUGGCCUCUACCCUCCUCUUCAUCAUGUUCCCCUUCUCUCUUAUCUUGGUUUCUUACACCCACAUUAUCACAACCAUCCUGAAAAUGCCCUCUGCCACUGGCCGCCAGAAGGCCUUCUCUACUUGUUCUUCCCAUUUAAUUGUGGUAUCCCUGUUCUACGGGACUGCAAGCCUAACUUAUCUGAGACCAAAGUCUGCCCAAUCCCCUGAGAGUAAGAAGAUGGUGUCACUGUCCUACACAGUCAUCACUCCAAUGUUAAAUCCGAUCAUCUAUAGCCUGAGAAACAAUGACGUGAAAGGAGCUGUCAGGAGGACAUUCUCUCGAGAGGUGCUGCAGAAACUGGAGGUGUUUUGA